AUGAUUCACCGUGGUGCUUUGACGCGUGUCGUUUUCGGAUUAGCCGUCUUCCUCCUCCUCGCCGUCGUUCACAGCCAGGAGAAAUGCAGCAAAACAUGCAUUGCACAGAAUUGUAACAAUAUCGGCAUUAGAUAUGGGAAGUAUUGUGGGAUAGGAUACUUUGGAUGUCGUGGAGAGCCACCUUGUGAUGCUCUUGAUGCUUGUUGCAUGACCCAUGACGAUUGUGUUGAUAUUAAAGGUAUGACUUACGUUAACUGCCAUAAGCAAUUCAAGCGUUGCGUAAACGAGCUAAGCAGAUCAAUAAACCAAUCUAAUGGCCAAACUGUUGGAUUUUCCACACAAUGCCCUUAUUCGAAGGUGAUACCAACCGUGUACAAUGGAAUGGAUUAUGGCAUUUUCUUCAGUAAGAUAGGUAAUAUUCUCAAACCAUUGGUGCCAGGAAGCAGCCCCAAGGUGGAGGCGAAUCUCGCUCAGAGUAAAGUGGAUACAAAGGAUGGCCUUGGAACGAAAAUUGACCUUCAAACAAAAGAAGGCUCCAAAGUCUCUGCUUCUCUAAAUUAA